AUUUUUUUAUCUUGUUGUUCGAUCGAAUAAUAGUAAAUUUAUUAUAUUACACGUAAAAGUAUGUCCAUGAACUACACAUGUAAUCAAUUUGAUAAAGCAUAUCAACCAACGAGAUUGGGAAAUUGGGAAGUUCCUAAAUGGCAUCUGAAUCGUCCGAAAGGCCGUUCAACCGUUACGAAAGUCAUUGCUAACGACAGGGGACAUUUGCUUCCUGGGGUGCAAAAAACCGAUCAGAAGCACUGGGCUGGUCUCUACUUGGGGACGUAUCAAUUGCCAAAACGCAUUUCAAAAGAAAUUGCUACAGAACUGUCCGGUCCGAAAUGUCAGACGUGGAUGAAACGUUCGUAUCACCAUCCGUUCAUCGACCGCAGCCAGCGAAACAAGACCGGAAACGGCGAGAACAAUAAUAAACUAGAACAAAUUAAUGCCAAUAAAGAACAACGACAACAACCUAUAGCGAACGAAGAUACCGACAGGGAUUCGAUAAAAUCCAUAAAAUCUGCGGUAUCGGAUAUGCGAGCGCCGAACGUUUCCAGGAUCGACGCGAUCAGGAAUUGUGCGUCGGCGGACGGCCGCGGACCUUUGAAUUCAACUACAGACGUCAACGGUAACGACGAAUGCAACAGCAACGGCGCUCGCGGCACUAGACAGCGCGAAUCAAUCGGCGGCGGCGGCGGCGGCAGCGGUGCGAAAACUCCGUCCAGCCCCGCGCUGAGCCGCAUAAGUGCGAGCUGCGGCCACCUGCAGACCGCGGGCGUGGACGACGACGGCGCACGGCCGCCGGUGGCCGAUCACCAAGAACCGACGGGACGCCGAUACGGGGACGCGCAGAGACACCACGGGCUGCCGGACGCCAUCGAGGACGCGGUGUACCGGUCGUUACAGACGAAACGGCACAAACACCCGGGACUGGGACUGAACGGCUGCUGGCCCAAGUGUUCUGCAGUGGCGUACAAGUCGUUCAACGACCCGGGCCCGACGCAGUGCAGCAAGCUCCGGGUGUACAGGCCGAAAACGUCGUCGUCGUCAUCGCCACCGCCUCCGUCGUCGGCCGGCGGCGGUGGCAACGGUGACGAGAAAAAAGAUCCGACCCGGAGGCGUAAUAACAAAAACCCGUCGCGGCCCAAGACGUGCGGCCCGGUCAUGACGGCCCAACAGUUGACCGACAUCAAGUUGGCGCUGUGCUGGGACCUGGACGCGCCGUUCGACAGGAACCGACCGCCACGGCUGCCCGACGAGCCGGCCGUGUUCCACAAGGUUCGGCAGCAACUGCAGCAACAGCAAUCGCAGCGUCCGUGCGGCGGACCCGCGACGGGAAAACCGAAAAACUCGUCGGCCGUCAUGGGGUUCGUGCAGACGGCCGGGGAGGACAGAAACUGCAGUAACGUCGACGGUGACGGUGACGGUGAAGUCGUGCCGGAAGCGCGGCGGACGCAAACACGCGAGUGUCUGAUGAAAAAUCGCAAUCUGUCGGCCGUCAUGGAACUGAUACGGAACAGAGACCGCGACGGCGACAGUAGACCCGCCGCCGCUGCAGCUACGGUGGCGGACGGGGACGUCACCGGAGCCUCCGCAGACCGAACUUUUCUCUCGGACAAACCGUCUUCGUCUUCGCCGUCGCCGUCGUUACCGGACUGUCGCGGCAAAAACGGUUCGGACGGUAACGAUCGGAACGACGACGUCUGCAAGUCCGACGACCAAGAGGCACAUGUCGAGGACAAGUCGGACGAGUUCGGUUCGGCGCGGUGUCCGGUCGCCGAUUCACCGUCCGAUGACCGGCGCCGUCAUCGGACGACGCAACACCACAGCUCCGCCGUCGCAGAAAGGGAACCGAAACCCAAACGACACGGCAGACACGCCUACCGGCCUUGUCUGGCCUGCGACAAUCCGAAUUCAGCUGCCAACUGCAAGAGAGACGAUGAGUGCGAGCACUACAAGAUGGCGUUCAAGGCGGGCGUGCCGGUCAGCACGCCGGUCAAGCUGCGGACCGCCGCGGCCGGAAAACCGGCCAAGCACCUGAAGGUGCCCAAACCGAAGACCACCAACUCGGACAAGAAGAAGUACGUCAUCGGUACUCUACUGCCGCCGUUCUCCAUGUGGCCGGGCACCACAGCCCGGGAUUACCCGGAACACUGGAGGCUCACGUCCGUGUACAGGCAAGCGUUCAAGCCGCUCGAACUACGCAAACAACCCCUGCUCCAGACCGUUUACCUGUAGACGACGACGAUGCAAAAUUAAGGGAGAGGGAAGUGAGUUUAUUUAAUUUUAGGCACCACUAGCCAGUAAGUCUA